UGGUAACGGAAAGCGCAACGAAUACUUGCUCGUUGCAGCUAGCUGCUUGCGUGGUGAUAUAUCAGUCUGUAACUGAGAAUAAACACAGGAAAAAUGUCUGACAUUGGGUCUGAGGACUUGGAAGAUGAGCAAACAUUUCAUGGAGAGUAUGAAGGUGAGCGGAAUGAAGCAGGAGAGAGGCAUGGUGCUGGGAGAGCUGUGCUGCCCAAUGGAGAUAUCUACCAGGGAAUGUAUGAACACGGGAACAGAUCUGGACAGGGAACCUACAGAUUUAAGAAUGGGGCUCAAUACGUCGGGGAGUUUUACAUGAACCUGAAACAUGGACAAGGUGUUUUCUAUUACCCUGAUGGUUCCAAGUAUGAUGGCUCAUGGGUGGAAGACCAGCGUCAGGGUCAUGGGAUUUACACAUAUCCUAAUGGAGACAGCUAUGAUGGGGAGUGGCUGCGGCAUCAAAGACAUGGGCAAGGUGUUUACACAUACCAUGAAACAGGUUCUAAGUAUGCUGGCAUGUGGGUUAUGGGUAAGAUGGAGUCAGUUGGAGAGUUAAUCCAUCUAAACCACAAAUACCAAGGCAACUUUCGCAAUAAUAAACCCUCAGGUCCAGGGAAGUAUGUGUUUGACACUGGAUGUGAGCAGCAUGGGGAGUAUCUGCGGGUAGAUCAGGAUAAAGGAGAUGCAGAAGAGGAAGCACAUGUCACUACCACUGUUCUGAAAUGGAAACCCAAAGCUUUGACAUGCUUAUCAGCUUGUGUCUCUGAUCCACCAUGUCUAAAAGAUAAUGUCUCUUCCGGCCAGUGCUUGUCUGAGGAGGGAAAGGCUCAAACACCCCUGGAAGAGCAGGACAUGAGGCAGGACCCAGCACCAGAAACCAGUUAAUCAUUUAAGCUGCUUUGAGUCAAUGGCUAUUGUAAAAAGCACUAUACAAAAAAAUUUGAAUUGAAUCAAAUUGAAUUGAAUUAAUGCAAAUGGCAGAGUGAUUGGAAUAUAUGUAAGAAAUAACACACGAUAGACUGUGCGGUUAUACGGAAAUAAUCCACACUGGGGUGGUGUGAUACAGCCUGAUGCAACGCAUUACCACCAUGAAGUGGAUUAUUUUUGUGCACCCACAUGGUCUGGAGUGUGUUAUUCCAUUUAUAACACAGUAAUUUUGCCAAUGAUCACUUUUCAUUUAUUAGCGAAUGACGCAACUCAAGUUUUAACAGUUUAAAUAUUUAAUACCGUGGAAUGUCCUGGAGUUAGGAAGUUAGUUCCUGUUAGCACUUAUGCUAUACCUGUAAUAACACUUGUUAGAUCACCAGUAUCUCCUCUCUCUCUCCCUCUCUCUCUCUGUCUCUCUCUCUCACUCUGAAAACUCUGUCCUCAAGACUUUCCUGUGCUGGGAAAUGUUGCAAAACACCAUGACUGUUACAAAGCGCUGGCUUCUAUAAAUGUUAAAUAAAUGUCUCCUAAAAAAAUAAAUAAAUAAAACACA